AUGUUGGACGUCACUGAUGCUGACGUUCUCCAAGACAUCAACGAGCUUGGCCGCCACAAAGCUUCAAAGCCGAACGGUCUUAACGACGACUUUUACGAAGAUGAAGCCGCUUUACUGGCUCCGGCGCUGGUCCACGUGCGCAAUCAAAUGUUGCACGGUUCUAAUAUGCCGCCUUACGAGAACCGUGCAACAUUCCUUUCUCGAGGCGCUGGUUAUUUCACUUCGAAAAAAAGGGCGAUUCGCCGGACGCACUUGACUUCAAGCCGAUCUCAUUGCUACACAGCAGUUACAAAAUUUUGCGAAGUGCUGGCCUCCCAACUUCAGCGAGCCUUACCUACAAUCACCGGGAAAUCGCAACAAGGUUUUGUUCGUGUCGAACAAAUGCAUAAACAGGACAUGAUGAUGACAGCCCAACUCGCUUCAGCGGAGGAGGGGACGGAUCUGUCCGUCGGCUUAAGCCAAGCUAUUCUACUACCUUACUUUCGCAAGGCGCACGACACUGUGGAUCGUUAUUUUCUGUACGCGGCAUUACGGAGCUUUCAAAUUGAUGGAGUGUUUAUCACACUUGUCACCCGGAUGCACACGGGAUUAACCACCCGGUUUAUGGUCAAUGGAAAAUUUCUGAACCAGUUCCUGUCUGUUCCGGGAUACACCAAGAGUGUCCUCUCGCACCACUUCUUUUCUCAUUGUGGUUGA